AUGAACAGAAUAACAGACUUGGUUUUGCCUUUAUUACCUUUGCAUAAACUUCAAUUGAACUCACCUAAACUUCGUGUGCCUCCGAAAAUGCAGACCGACGAUGCACAGUCGACACGAGAAACUGAUUCACAUCUGUUCACUUUUGCUUUAGAUUCUGUGAUGUAUGGAACAUUGAUUGGAAUGGCAGCGAUGAGAAAUCUUGUUGAUGAAAGAUGCGAAAAUGCAACAGCAUCUACAUCGACAUAUGGAUACAUUGUUCAUCAACAGUUCAAUACACUGCCAGAAGCAUAUUUCUUAUCAAUCGAUACUAAACAAAAAAAAUUUUAUAUCGAUGUCAAACUUAUAGAAAAGACAGAAAAAUGGCCUAAGCUUACAGGAAAUUUUCGAUUUGAGUGGAGUUUUCGAGACUUGAAAGGAAACAAAUUUGUCCCAGUACUGAUACAUGGGCUGUCAUCGUCUAAUUUGAUUUCAUCCAACAACUCAAUUGAUUCAUCAGUUUAUAUUCUUUGUGAAAUUCGUCGUGCACCAUUUAUUAGUUAUGUUCAGAGAGCAAGAGCUGACAGUUCACAUAAUGAGAUUCGUCUUCCUGGUUCAACCUUACUCGGCCGUGCUAAUGCUUGGCUUUUGAGAAUUGGUUCAGAUCCAAAAAUAUAUCAGACAUUUGCCAAUUUACUUGAUCGGCAUCGCCUGUCUGCCAAACAUUGCCAAGCAAGUAACAUGGUACCCCUAUUGACAUCGGUUCUUCAACAUUCUCAACAGUUCAUUCAUAUUAACUUAUUAUUAAUGAAAGAAUGGCAGGAAAAAAAUAGAUUGGCCAUUGCGCGAUUUUCUUCUCAACGUUGGCCUUAUUUCCCGUUUCAAACUAAGUUUGAAAUUAUGAAACUGAUCUCUAAACAUAUAAUUACGGUCAACGAUCUUAUCUUGGACGAACGAUUGGAAUUCAUACUCCGCAAAAUGUCUUCAAAUACUCUGGCUGCCUGUGUCGAUAAAAUCAUCGAAUUUGCUCCUCAUUGGCAACCUACCAGCGAAAAAUCGAACGAUGAAGAUUGGAAUGAUGAAGAAGAAGAAGGCGGGAAAAAUGAAGAAUCAACAAUAAGAACAUAUCAUGUUUUUCCACCAAUAUUUUCAGCUGAUGGCAAGCCUUUGAAUACUGCCGCCUCAACUUCUAUAGCCAUAGAUUUAUCUCGUAUUAAAUUACAAGAUCUGUAUCAUUCAAAUAAUGAUCGUAUCGGUUCUUUGAGUCGGCUAUUGUGUCUUGGGUUAAUUCAACUUCGUCGAAAACAUCAACUGGAUCAGACAGUAUCUGGAAUAUAUGUGACGAAACGAGAGAUGCGAGCAUUCAAAUCAAUUGAAACGUUUUCUAUUCGUAAAGUUUAUAUUACUCCAUCGACAAUAAAUUAUGAAGGACCACAUUUUGAGGAAGCUUGUGCUGUAAUUCGUCACUUCUCUGAACUUCAAGAUUGCUUUCUACGUGUUAGCUUUUUGGAUGAAGAUUAUCGCAUGCUCAAAAACUUAAAUAACUCGAUGAAUAUCGUAUAUAAGCAUAUUGAAAAACUGAUGAUCGAUGGUUUGAAUGUUUGUGGUCGACAAUAUAAAUUUCUCGCCUUUUCUUCAUCUCAACUUCGUGAACAUUCAUGCUGGAUGUUUCACCAACAACAUAUAUCCAAUAUCUCUUGUGAUGCAAUUCGAGAAUGGAUGGGUGAUUUUCAGAAUAUACAUCCAGUCGCAAAGAUGGCUGCAAGGCUUGGUCAAUCAUUUUCAACGACCAUUAAAGGAAAAGAAUUAUCAAGAGAAUCAUACAUCGAAAUCGAUGAUGUGACAUCAUCGAUAGAUAGUAAGGCAAUAUAUACAGAUGGAAUAGGGAUCAUUGCUUCUUGGUUUGCCGAUGAACUUUCGAAGCAGAUGAAUCUUGACUCAACGCCAUCAGCAUUUCAAAUCCGAUUCGCUGGAUAUAAAGGAAUGGUUUGUGUCAGUUUAGAAGACAAAAUCUGCAAUGAUUCCAAAAUUCGAGUGGCUUUUCGUCCCUCGAUGAAAAAGUUCGAUUCAGAUAAUUGUUCAAUUGAUAUCGUUCACCCAUCCGACUUCUCGUCGAGUUAUCUUAAUCGUCAAAUUAUUCUUUUAUUAUCUUCUCGCCGUAUAUCCGAUUCUGUUUUCCAUCAUUUUCAAGAUGAAAUGCUUGCAAAACUAAGAUUCAUCAACACAAAUGUCGAUCAUGCCAUCGAAGCAUUAUGGAAAUUCAAUGGGAACACCGGUGGCAACGGAACUCAUAAAAUGAUGAUCGAGUAUUUGUCACGAUUUCAAUUGAAUACAGAACCUUUUAUUCCGCAACUCCUUUUUCGUUUUCAAGCAUUUCAACUGAAACAAUUACGAACAAAAGCAAGAAUUUUGAUCGAAAAAGGUUGUGUUUUAUUCGGUGUGGCUGAUGAAACUCGAACAUUAAAAUACGGACAAGUAUUUAUUCAAAUUCACCGUAGUGAUAUCAAUGAAACAAAGAUCAUUCAAGGUCCAGUUAUUGUAACAAGAAAUCCCUGUUUAUAUCCAGGCGAUAUACGUCGUUACGAAGCUGUCGAUAAUCUUCAGCUUCACAAACUGAAAAAUGUCAUUGUAUUUCCGAUGGAUGGUCCUAGAUCAAUGGCAGCAGAACUAGCCGGUGGUGAUUUAGAUGGUGAUACAUUUUGGAUCAGUUGGGAUUCGCAUCUAAUAUUUGCUGACAAUUAUAAAGCCUUUUGCUACAGUGAUCAGGCACGGCAAGCAAACGAGUCUGCUGCGAAUACGUCCAAACAGUCCUAUACUAUGGCUGAUAUUUGUCGUUUCUUUGUCGAAUAUAUGAAAGCAGAUAAUCUGGGGAUUAUUGCUAAUUGGCAUUUAGCACGAGCUGAUCGAAAUGGAGUUGAAAAUGAAAAUUGUAUGAAAUUAGCUGAGAUGCACAGUAUUGCUGUGGAUUUUGUUAAAACUGGUAAUCGUCCACCCACUUUAACUAAAGAUCUUCAGCCAAAGACCUAUCCUCAUUUCAUGGAAAAGAAAGACAAACCAGAUCAUUCGUCAACUUCGAUCCUCGGUCAAUUGUACGAUGAAGUGAAAAAGUUCAAAAUCGAUUCUAAUCAAAACAAAGAUCUCAAUAAGAAGCCAUUCCCUUAUCGAACAUUAAUCAUUGACGGUUACUUGUCUUACAUUACUGAUGCUCGAAUAUUGAAAGAAGAAUACGACCGAGAAUUGAGACGAAUCAUGAGACAUUACGGUUUACAUCGCGAAAGUGAAAUUAUAUCAGGUUACAUAAUAAAAUUUAUGAGUAAACAAUACGCAAAACGAGCGAAAAUCUUUGAAUUACGUAAUGAAAUUACGAAUGCGAUUCGAUCUCUACGCAACAAAUAUAUUCAAAUAUUCUGGCAAGAGUUUUAUCAAUUAUCGAUGGAGGAUGAGAAUGUCGAACCCGAUUUUUGGAAAAAAGUUUCCCAACAAUUGUCAUGGCACAAUCAAUUGGUUGUUGCUGAUUACUAUGAGAAACAUUCGAUCUAUGUUGAACAAAAAGCAUCGGCCUGGUUUUAUGUAACAUAUAAAGAAGAACUGAAUAAUCACGGAGAUAUGACAAAUCAACAAGGUCGACUGUACAGUUUUGCUUGGCUUGUCUACCCAGUACUUCUACACAUAUACGAUUGUCAUCGCAAUGAUGAUAAAACUAGUUUUGAAAUCCGUCAUAAAAAACGAAACAACAAUAGAAGAAGACGACGACGAAAGUAUCGACGAAAAAACUAG